UUUAUGUAUUUAUGUCGUCGCCUAUUUAUUUAGUUACCCUUCUUGGCGUGGCUGGGGUUGGUUCAUCUCCCAACUCGCAAGUCUCCAACUCAACAAGUAUACCACCACAUCUAUAUACAAUCCCGCAGAAGCCAGUCAUUAAUCUAGGAGCCUGGGGGAUCUGGAAUCGACAGUAAUUAAGCUUCAAACGCUUCAACAUCUCCUAGCCAUCCUAAACUUCGCCUAUACAACAACAAGGAAGGAACAAACCAAUCCACCCAUCUGUCUGGCAUCCGUCAUAGCCGCGUCUACCAGCACUUCCUACGAGAUAUUCCGUUUCGCAUUCGAGAUAUAUAAGCAAUGGCCAGGCCCCUCGAGACAGAUUCCGGCUCAGAGCUGUUCAGUAGCUAUGAAGCUGAGCUUAAGCUCGUCCAGGCAGACCUGAAUCAGAAACUCGAUCAGAUCGCUGAAUCGCAAGGAGAGGAAAGGAAAUUGGCCAUCAAACAAGCAGAGAGGGCGUUAGAGGAGGCCACUGAACUGAUAGAUCAAAUGCGGAUAGAGAAAGAGAAUAUCCCCUCCGCAACCCGUUCGAAAGUGAACGCCCGUUUCCGCAACUUCGUUACAGAUAUCGACGACGUCAAGCGCCAACUUAAGUCCCUCUCUGAUGACCGCAGAGCGCUCUUUGGCGACCGAUACACAGAUGAACCUAACGGGAUAAAUGACCACCACCUGGAGCAAAGACAGCAGUUACUAUCUGGUACAGAACGGCUAGAGCGGAGCUCUGCUCGCCUGAGAGAUAGCCAGAGAGUAGCGCAGGAGACAGAAGAUAUUGGACGGAACACCCUAGCCGAUCUAUACGUCCAGCGGCAGACCAUCGAACACACCAGAGCUGGUUUACUGGAGAGCGAAGGCUACGUGGAUCGCAGUGUAAAGACGCUGAGGGGGAUGGCCCGUAGGAUGGCUACGAAUCGGGUGAUAACCAUCGCCAUAAUAACCGUAUUAGUCCUUCUUAUCAUUGCGGUUGUAUAUAGCAAGUUCCACUGAGCGUUCUCCUUUGGGAUACAUGGUUGCACGUGUUUUGUUGCGGUGUUUUGGGCGAACUGUCUCCUUGUUUUGCUGCUUUCCCACUUGUCCCAGUCAUUUUAUAUAUCACUACUGAUUCAUUUGCGAUUUUGUAUGAUACGGGUAUUCCCUACUCCUACUAUAGCCCUGUUGGUUUUCCCUUUUACGUACCAGAUGAGCGGAUUCUGAUGGAGACAACCCGCCACACGAUAUAUUAAUGUUAUGAAUUCAUUAUGAGCUAAAACUAUGCUAGAUGCGUGGGUAUCUAAUGCUUUAUCAUCUAUCAUCUACGGAGUACAUAUCCAGUCAUGGCUCCAGCCAAAACCAAAGGGAUUAAACAAAAGCGCUAUAAAACACAAAACCAAAAAACAUUUACGGAUAAACAUAAUGCAAUUCAACGACCCUCAAUUCAAAAACCUCACAACCCCAAAGCCGAAAUUAACCACAAUCCCCACAAAAACCGCCAACCCUUUCCUCCAACUCCAAACCCCUUGCUCCCUCAACAACCACAGCCCACACCCCACAGGCCAAAAGAACCCCAUCACAGAUCCCCACAACAUAUCAUCCAGUGGCCCCGCCGCCCCCGACGUUGAGCCGACUCCAUAAUUGGCAAUCCCCGCACUACCACCGCCCCCAGCCGCCCCCGCGCCGCCGCCACCUUCUCCUUCCACAGAGCCCGCAGAACCUCCCUCGUCCAUCCAUAUAUCUUCUAGCCGUCGUAGCUCUGCGCCGGACGGCAUCGUAUCCGGCGUAUGCGAGAGUGACUGGAGGGCGAGAAACUGCGAGCGCAGCGCGGAGACUUCUGCCGCUGUGAAGCCUGCAUCUAGCAGGCGGUCGAAGCCCCUGGGACCGGGCGCGUUGGGUGGUGGGCGGCUGGCGGUUAAUGAAGAUUGGACGUGAUCAGUAGCGGAGGAGGGCGAAAGCGAGAGCGAGGUGGUACCACGUGGUGCGGUUGCGGAAGUAGAAGUUGCAAAACUGCCCGAUGUCGACGAUCGUGGUGGGGGUAGGAUGUUGGAGGCGGAGGCGGAGGAUGAAGCGGCAGACGAAGGUUUUAGCCGAGUGGAUGACCCGUCCGACCCCUUGCCUUCCCAUUUUGCACUAUCAUUUUCCUCCGCUACACGCGCCAGCUGCGCCUCAGCCUCUAACUCCUUUGGGGAGAGGAUAAUAUCACCAAUCGAGCAGUGAAUGUAGGUCCGUAGUCGUGGCGCGGGGGGGUCCCGCACGGGUGCUUUGCCCUUGUCUUUCCCACUCCCAUUACCACCACCACCCCUUCCAUCUCCUGCGCGAGAGAAGGAAUCCGGUACCGGGAACGAGGUGAUCUCAUCCCUAAUCCUAGGUAGGGUAGCGGCGAUGUUUAGCGAGGAGGCGAGCGAGGAGGCAUCGUCGAGAGCUUUGCCGGCAUAUAUGAGGCGGAGGCGGUGUGUGGAGAGAUCAUGCGGGAGUCGUUGGCGUAUGAGCUGUUUGAGGCCUGCGGCUGUCAGGUGGGCUGGGUCGGGGAUUUCGAGGAGGACGUCUGGGAUUGAGGAGGAGAAGCGGAUUGUGAGACUCAGGAGGGAGAAGUGGUCUGUCAUUGUUUGUUUCGUUUCGUCGGAGGCGUUGUUUAAUUGUUUUUACUUUGGUGGUAGUUUCUGAUGCAUUUGCGUUGGUGGAGUCAUAUUCUUUUCUUGUUGGAUAUUUUUUUUUCUUCACUCUCAACCAUGACGAUUCGUCAUUUAUUAUCCUAUAAAGUUGUAGAUCGGUUCAUGCCGAUGAAGCGCGCACUGGCUGAGCGUGUAUAUAAUCACGUGACAAUAUAUUUAUCUCAACUCCGUGGGUGGCAAAUAACUCGGCCAGAUGAGAGGCCUUAUACGAAGCAAGUUACUGAAAUUAAUAUUUGUCGAGUUUCUAGUGAUGUGUCAUGGAUAAUUGAAAGCACGUAUUGUUUAUCUACGCAGCCUAUUGCCCUCCCUCUACUGCGGAGAAAUCAAAUUGACCUUGUAGCAGUGGCCGCCUCGGUGGCGUUGCCCCAAUAGGAAGUUGAGAAGAUCCUGGAUAAACACAAAUACUAUGAAAAGGUUCAAUAUCUCGUAACUAUGGAAAGGCUGGAGUCCAAGCGAGGGAUUCCUGGCAAAAGAUUGAGGAGGAUCCUGAAGGUGCUCAAGAAGAUCUACAGGAAUUCGAGGCACGGUAAAAUAACCGCCGGUCCCAAGCUAUAUAAAUAUUUACUCCCAAGCAACAAACACGGCCUUGACGGCGGGGUGAGUGGAGGAGGUGGGGAUCUAAACCACACCCUAAAAACCGAGCAUAGGAAGAAAAUGGUCCACUUGGUUGGCAAGCCUUGCUGCAAUGAGCACACUUAUAGCGCCGGCCGCCCAACACGCAGGGUUCAGUGGGAGGGUACUUCUCCAUCUUCCAGACACAGCGGUAACAAAACUCGUGGGGUUCCAUCUCAUAAAGGAACUGCGGAGGUGGGCUCGCCGCCUGCAUCGCGAUGCCUAGCUCGAUCACCUCCGCCGACGGCAUAGCUGGGGCAGGGGGGUCUGGUCUGUACUUCGAGUUUGCAGGUACCGGGACGAAGCCAGGCAGAAGCGCGUAUGCGGGCGCGAGGGGAGUUGAGAUUGCGUCAGGACGAGACACAAACACCGAGAGCACAGAGUGAGGGGCAGGGGCAGGCGUAUUCGCGGAAGCGGUAACAAAACUUCCAGAAACUAGGGCCAGCAUAUCCGCACUUCCUCGUCGGCCAACGUGGCAAAGAAACCCUCCUUCUCCAGGUAGUUCUCGAAAGAUCCCAUUAACUCGACGACUCAAAGACCCAUGAUCUCGCGGUACAGCGCAGUAUUCCCAGAUUGCGCAGUCCAAAAAGAGCGAACGUCGACCAGGAUGGCGACAAGAGGAUCUGAGAAACAAGAGGGCACCUAGAAACUCCGUCAGCUACCACAUUCUCACUUGGUAUAUCAUGAAGAUAUGGACCCUAUCGGCAGAUAGAAUCGUUCGAGGCCGUGGCGCGAUGCCAGAGGGCAAGGGAAGGUAGAGGUGCAGGGGCACUGGAGGCACCCACUGCAAAGAGAAAAUGCAAACCAGGCAGAGAUCAUUGACCCGUAGGGCCAAAUCCACAGACUUCGAAGCCAAAGCAUGAUGGCGGCAAUGGUGGACGUGUUGGAGGCGAGCGCUGAUGUCCGGCAUGGAUGCGUUUGUUCGUUGGAACCCCCUGCUUUCCCAGCAGCGAAGCUCAUGUCCUUGCAGCUGCUGCCCGCUUGCCUCUUGGUUCGCCCCCCUCCCUCUCAUCGCCCCCGCCAGCCCCCCUCCCUCUCUCCUGAGUCCUUGCUCCAUCACGCUUCCCCGCCUCCUCUAACGGGGGGGGGGGAGGGGUUUGAUGGUUUCUACUUUAGGAAUGACGGUCCGGGGCUCUCGCGGCUCCUGCCACCCCCACCGCCGGCCUAGCAUCACUCCUCUCCCGUGCCCACCACCCCCACCAGGCCAGACCUCUCUCGCAAGGGAUAUGUCCAAUUUGAUCGGGCUGACCAGGAAAGGAUACCCUGGAAGUUCCAGAGCGGGUAUAAAUGCUCGACCCCUACCCGCCGAUGGUAGUGAGGAAGUGGUGGUUCAGGACAGACCAGGAGUGAGCCAGGCUCCUCCGCUUUUUCCCAUGCCUCUGUUUCCCCACAUGGUCGAGUAAUAACCAUGGCAGGGGUAGUUCCUCGAAAAAACAAGUCAAGAAUAGCGACAACAAACCUCGACGUUGUACAGCCCAAAAAAAAUUUCCACCCUUCAUUGACGCAAGCGGAUGUGGCGCACAUAUCAUGACUGGGUUUCGUGUUUCAGCUCCUAGGACCAUGAUAAAACCAAGAAAAUGAGUUGAUCCCAACCUGUAAAAGACAACUCAAUUGUUAAAUAUGUUGUUGCAGGAGAUUGGUCAUAGGUGUUUUCAGGGAUGGCGGCGAGAAGUCCUUUGCGGUAGGAUGAUAUUGCUGGUAAAUAAUGACAAAUGUCCGGAAUGGUUUUUUACUGUUCGCACCUGUAAUCUCCACUAAUGCCAUCGCCGAGUGCGGUCCUGACCAUUGCGAUUCAAUCGCAAAUUAAGGCUUUUAGGUGGAUUGGAGAAACUAUCUAGGACAUGCAGCGGUCUGCAUUUGUCAUGUCACGGUAUAGCGGCGCGCCGUCAUUGUAUAACUGUGGGAAUCCUAGCCAAGUUUGGAGGAAGAAGCCUGCAACACGCCUUGAGGUCCUCAGUCUUUUAAAGCCACUCAAAGUGGAAGCAUCGUCCCAUGGCGCGGUGCCAGUUCAUCCACACAGCAGGAUAUUAUUCAGUGGCUCGGUAUCAACAAUCAACAGUCGCUCAGCAUCCAUGCCAUCUUCGCCAUCUUGCUCCUUGUAUAAAGCCGGUAAGACAACUUGGAGGCGCUGGCGAAAUAGAUCAGAUCUCAACAUUGACCGGUCAACAUCCUCAUUCGUUCUCUUAUGAAGGAGCUUGGUAACAAAAUCACCCGGGUUUUGAAUGGAUUUCUCAAGAUAUGCCAAAAGGUAAAGGCCACAGUUGAAUGUAUUAGACUGCUGUGGUAUGCCUUUCGCAGCCAUACCUUCUAUGUUUUUGCUGUUGAUGAUAAGUGAUCGUUUCGACUUGCCUUCCUCUAUAACAUAUUCCUGAAGAAUUCUUAUAGUUUCACUUCGCCGGCUUCCCAGGGAAUCAAAAAUGAUGAUGUCAGCCUACUGAGAACCAUUUUCCUUGGUGCUUGAAACAUCAACAGGGGAGGUUGUCUCAUCGGUUGAAUUUGGCAAAUUGCAUAUGAUCGCCAUAUACCAAUGAAUAUUUUCAUUAAUCGGAACAACAAUGUAGUUGUAACUGAAAAUAUCCACACACCCAGUGUCCAUCUUGACACAGUCUGAUAGCCCUUUGUUAAGCUGGUAAAGGACUAUGAAUUGAAAGAAAUACACUUUCUUGGCCUCUUCUGGGUCAGAGCGCUCAAGACGGUGCAACGUCAUCAAAUUGCCUAUCAUUUGGUGCUAGAUGACUUCCUGUCCUCUUUGCCAUCAUCGUCAUCCUUCUCCGGACGCGGGCGAUGGUCCAAUGCCUUAGUGGGAGUAGUGGCAGCCGGCUUCUUCUACUAGUCCUUGUUCUUCUUCUCCUCCACCUUACAAUGGGUGUUGAGGAGGUAGAUGAGCCAAGAUAACCGAUUAGGCAGUGUAUCACCCUCCUCCUAAUUGGGAGCUUUUUCCGUAAGUGAGAAACGGUUGAUAUGUUUGAAUGGGGUUGCACUUCUGGAGUCGAUCAAGUGCUAUAACCAAGAUCCUAUAUGUAGUAAAUCUGUAUCAACAAAUCAAAUUAUAUAGAAUUUAGCUAAGAGCUUUAGUUGUUAACUACACUAAUGAUAUUGCGCUAAUAGUAGCGUAGCUAGCUCCUCCCAAUAUCAAGAGAUUAACCAUCCAUCCCACA